GUCCUCCACUACUGGCCUUACUGGAACUAAUGAUCACGAUCAGCGACACAAAAGGAUUCGUAGCUCAGAGAUAUGAGUUUGCGGUGGCUGCUGUCAAGCAAAGUUUAUCCGUCGCAGACCGAGAGAGCGUCAACCAGCCUGGAGAUUGGCAGAAAGCGCAGAGUUACAUACGGCAAAUCAUAGCAGAUCCACCAACACCUCAUCCCAUCAAAAGACUGCUAGCACACAUCGACCCACUGCCUCGAUCACUCUACACUCUUGUGGGACAGUUUGAAGGCGCCAUCCACCCUUCUGUUCCAGAUGUUAACAUUAUUUGGGGGUUGACUGAGUUGAAUAUCAAGGUGAGAAGACGCCCGAUCAAUCUUGGCUCUGAGAUUGCCGAUAUUGGUGAAAGCUGUCAUGUAAAUCCUCAGAGAAGCUCACUCAGACUGUGGGCUGGAUGAAGCGACUACGCAGCGUAGUAGAGCUUUUCAAUAGGUGUCUCGAUGUUUGCGAAGAUUUGAAUGAGCCUCGAAUUGCCAUGGUCGAGGUCAUAGACUGUCUUCUACAGAUACUCAGUGAAUUUGUCAAAUACCUUCGAAGACCAGACUCUGAGGCUGCAUCUGGCUGGAGAAGUCUAGAGAACAAGAUAACUGGCGACCUCACUUCCAUGGAUGCUUCUACAAAGAAUCUCAACGGCAUCAACAGUUAUUCGAAGGUUAAUCUUGAGCGGGCCACCAAGACUCUCAAUCUCAGCCAUGGCCCGGCCCAAUACCCCGAGGAGCACGUCACAUUCCCAAUCGCAAUGAUAACCAGAAACAAGAACGAAAAGUUCUUUGGGCGCGCAGACGAAUUGAAGAACAUAAAUGGGUUCUUAGGCCACAAAGAUACGAAUCUUCGAACAUACACCAUAUAUGGGCGUCGCGGGGUUGGAAAGGCCGAUAUUGCGCUGCAAUAUGCUCACACAAAUCCAGCGGGCUUUGAUGCCAUAUUUUGGGUCAAUUGUGAAACAUCAGUGGCUCUGAGAAAGAGCUUCACCGACAUGGCGGUUGCACUCAAUAUUCCCGGGGCUGACAGAAAUGGUCGCCACGAGGAAAAUCAGCUCGCAGUACUGAAAUGGCUCAAAACCACCAAACGGCAGUGGUUGUUGAUUUUUGACAACGCAGAGCGCUAGUCGAUUCUGAAAGGGUACUGGCCUGUAUCCGUC